CAUAAUUCUCUCUUCACAAGUUCUCUUUUGCACCAAACACACCCUCAUAUAGAAAACAAACGAAGGGUUUCGUCGUUGCCGUCUUUCUCUCUCAAAAUUAAAACUCUCCAUCUUUCUCACUUCGGCCUCCAGCUUCACUUCUCUCCCCGUUGUCGUCUUCCUCUGCCUUCAGCUUCACUUCUUUCGCCAUUGCCGUCUGAAGCCAGCCGCCGCUCUGAAGCGCUUCAGAACUGUAAACGACACCGCAAAACCCUACACUCAACAAAAACAUUUUACAUCUAUAGAAAGAGUGGAAGAAGGACGCGCAACAUAUUACUUACCUUCUUUUCGAAGCACCGUCGGAGUGACUCCGAUAGUUGCUGCCUAGAUUUAUCGUCGUUGCUGCAUCUCCGAUUUCUCUUGUGAAGAGUGAAAUUCUAAUCGUUUCCAAGAAUCUUACAUUGUGUGGUUCCAGAAGUUGUUGACUUCUAUACAGUGAAUCAGGUUCCGCCAGCAACACCGCUCAACGUAACAGCACCGUUUCCAAAUCCUUGCGAAGAGAAUGGGUACUAGAGAAGUGUACGAAGAGAAACUGAGGAAUGGAAAUCUCCACCACGAUCCAACCAUAAACCCGGGCCUUGGUUCUGCUCGUUGCCCUCGUUGUCUAUCUCUUCUCAAUCCUAAUUCCGAAAGAGGUGAAUGGACUAUUACUCCCGUCUUGCACGAUGCCACCGCUGUUGUUGGCUCGGGGUUUGGCGGAAUGAUUAGUGCAGUUCAUGGUUUGAAUAGAGGGUUGCCGUAUCUUCAAAAUCGUCUGAAAGGACCAAAGUGGCUGCCGUUUCUUGUUGGGAUCCCUCCAUUGUUGAUAUUUUCAGGAGCAAGUGCUGCAUUUGGAGGUUAUGUGCUUCCAAAGUUUGCCCAACUCACUGUGACAUCAUAUUAUGCAAGCUCAAGUGCAUCCCAUUAUGGAAUCUCACUUCUCACCCGGCAUAUUGAAGAGAACUACAAUUCCAAUAAUCAGCAUUUUAAGCGACUAUGAUGAUUCUUUUCAGGUGCUUUCACAAGCAUGACACAUUACAAUGUGCAAUUUUGUCUAUUUUAUUUUUUGAUAUGUGCCUUUCAUGUACCUUCCUUCUUGUGUAUGGUUAGGAGUUAUGAGGUAUAAAUCAAGAUUUUUUGUUACUCCCUCUGGAAACAAUUAUAAUGUAAAUAAUAAUGAUUUAUAAUUUA